CGCGAGGGCUGUGCGUGACAAGGUAACGGUGUAACGGCAUUCUUCACAUCACUUUGUCUACAUGCAUUCAUCACGCACAUGUGUGGUGUCUGCCUCAGGUCCUUCGUAACUCAAGCGGGAGAUCUCGCACGUCAAGCAGCGGCGGGUCGGGUGAAUCAGAUGCCUUCAUACUCAAAGCUCUUCACGGGCUUCUUCCGUCGCCUCGAUUUCUAUGAGUUUGCUCAACAGGCAAGUACCGUGCGCAGACAAACCAUGCCGCGCGAGUACCUAAUCCCUCUCUAUCUGCCCGUCCGUAUGCAGGAGCGUCGCGUAGCGCGAGCCAUUGCGUAUCAGAAGCCGCCGACUUCCAUGCUCACAGGUAUGUUUGUUUGUUUGUUUGUUUGGCCGAUCCAUCUUCUUGACGGACGAGUGAUUUAGGCUGUCUGUCCGUUCGGCCAUCUUGUCUGUCUGCUUUGUUUGUCACGUGGACUCAUUCAUUCAUUCAUUCAUCAGGGUGGCAGACCUUCUAUCGUCAGGGAGAGAGGGCCAUCGAGAAGGCGGAACGGGUGAGAGAGCUUGGGAGGUGCACACAUUGGGAGGUGCACACAUGACAUGUGACGUGCACAGUGUUGUGUGCCGUGUGUUGUCGUCUGUGUGUGGGGACAGUCGUAUGUGUACCGGCCACCAGUUGAGCGUGAGAUGAAGUCGGCGGUGCUCAUGAAGCUCAAGUACAAGCAGUACCCAUACACACCCGCUGCAGCCGGGAAGAAGUAGCUGCGAUGAGUGCAGUGGGUGUGAUGCUCAUUUCCUUCCUUUCCUUGCCUGCCUUGUCUGACUUGUGAGCAGCAGUUUUGUCUCCCUCUGUCUGUCUGUCUGUCUGUCUGUCCUUUUUUCUGUCGGUCGGUCACUCUGUUACUUAGAAGUGAAGGGGUGGAAGAGAGAGUCGAUUUGCGAUGUGGGUUGGUCUGUAUUGUAUACCUUCCUGGAUCGGCCGAUGGCUGGAUGUGAGUGAUGUACCAUAGCUAUCUAUCUGUCAACCAUCAGCAACUGUAUGUAUGUAUGUCUGUAUGUAUUUGUAUACUUACGUGUACGUAUGCAUUAGUAUGUUUAUAUAGACUGUGGAUGGAUGGAUGGAUGGAUGGCCUGGACACAGUCAGAAUGCUCUAGCUAGCGCUCAUGACAUACAUGACGCAGUGAG